AUGGAAAGUUAAAUUUAUAUCAAAGAGAUACAUAUUCUAUCUCAAUGAAUCAAGAAAUUCUACGUAUUUAUGGAGUUCUUGGGAUAAUACGGUUAAAAUAUGACAAAUACUUAAUUAUUAUAACAGAAAGGGAGGCAGUUGGAAGAAUUGGUCAAGAUGAUAUAUUUAGGAUUAAAUCUGUUCGUCUUAUGUCUUUUAAAGGCCAAUAUAAAGACCAUGAAGAAGUGGGAUAUCUUAAUUUAAUAAAAAAACAUUUAAAUACAGGAGCAUUUUAUUUUUCGUAUACAUUUGAUGUAACAAAUGCAAUACAGAGACAAAUAGUAUCAGAAACUAAGUCUCCUUUAUGGAAAAUAGCGGAUGAACGAUUCUUCUGGAAUAGGUUUAUUCAAUCAGAAUUGAUUGAUUUGAGGGGAUCAUCUCAUUCUGAUUUAGAUAAUUAUAUACUUCCAGUUAUUUAUGGAUUUGUGAAAAUUGCGCCUAUAAUGAUUAAAAAUAAUUCUUUAACUAUUCUGUUAAUAUCAAGACGUUCUAGAUUUAGGGCAGGAACAAGAUAUUUUUCCAGAGGAAUUGAUGAAAAUGGAGAUGUUUCGAAUUUUAAUGAAACUGAACAGAUUGUUUUAUUUGAAAAUACAAAUAAACUUUCAGGUGUUACUAAGCGAUUGAAGUUAUCAUUUGUUCAAAUACGAGGAAGUGUUCCAAUAUUCUGGGCAGAAAUAAAUAAUUUAAAGUAUAAACCGAAAUUACGUGUUCUUAAUAUCAAUGAUUCUGUUAACGCUGCACGAUUGCAUUUUGAUAAGCAGAUUAGAAUCUAUGGGGAUCAACUUGUUGUAAAUUUGGUUAAUCAACAUGGACGUGAAUGCAAUAUUAAAACUUCUUAUGAAGAAAUUAUUAAGAUUUUAAAUGAUUCUAAGAUAAAAUAUUUCUAUUUUGAUUUUCAUCAAGAAUGUAGAAAAAUGAAAUGGCAUAAAACCCGAAUUUUAAUAAACCAACUUACACCAUAUCUUAAACAAAAUUAUUGUUAUGUUGAUUGUUCAGAUCAAGUAUAUCCAGUUUAUUUUCAAACAUCAAUAGUACGCACAAAUUGUAUAGAUUGUUUGGACCGUACAAAUGUUAUACAAUCGGCAUUGGCAAGAUGGGUAUUAACUAAACAAUUAAAUGAUAUUGGAAUCUUAAAUGAUUAUGAAAAUAUUGAAGAUUAUCCAGAUCUUGAUAACUUAUUUAGAAAUAUCUGGGCUGAUAAUGCAGAUUUUAUAAGUAUUUCUUAUUCUGGCACAGGGGCUUUAAAGACAGAUUUUACAAGGACUGGGAAACGUACUAAAAGAGGAGAAUUGCAUGAUUUAAUCAAUUCUAUUAUGCGAUAUUUUCAAAAUAAUUUUACUGAUGGGUCUCGUCAAGACGCUUUUGAUUUAUUUCUUGGAAAUUAUUUACCAUAUCAAACCAGAAAGAUUCCUUUACUCUAUCACAGAUCCUUAUUUAUCCAAUAUAUCCCAUAUGUUUUAUUUUUUUCUAUUCUUAUGAUUUUAGCUAAAAUAAUUUUACCUGGUUUAGAAAAUGUUAUUAUUUCUUCUCAUAUUUUCAUGGUCUUCUGGCUCUUUGUAUUCAUAUGGUCAGUUUAUUUUAUAAUAUCUAAUGGUUUCUAUUAUGUAAAUUGGCCAAAAUUGGUUCCACCUGAAUUUUUGAAAUAUAGAAAGGUUCAAAAUGUCGAAUUUUAUAAAUAAUAUAAAAAUUAAUAAUUACAAAGUUCUAAAAAGCUAUUCAGUAUUAAUAUUUUAUUAACUUUUGAUA